CUUCCUCUUCAUCCGCUCAUCAUUCUCUUCUUACACCUCUGUUCUUAAAAAAAACUUUUUUCUUCUUUACAUCUUAAUCCUAUCUCAAUCAACACUUCAUCUGUCAUCUUGUAAUGGACAUAUCACGUCGCUGAAAUGAAAUAGCCGUCGAAGAGAGGGUCUGUACUAGGUAUGUAAAAUUUUGAUUUUUUUUCACAAUAAACGGACUAGAAAUUACUAUUAGGGUUAAGGUGAUUUAAUUUAAUGAUUAUUAUGUAUAUGAUGUUUGUUUGUAGUAUUGUUCAAUUGUUCGUAGAUUUAGGUUUUGUAAGAUGAACAAGAAAAUAGGGGUAGAUGAAUGUGAUGAAUGAUUAUGAAGAAUUUAAGGGUGAUGGGAAGAAUUUAUGUGAUUCUAAACAAUUGCAGAGAAUAUAGUGAAGAAGAUGAUAGAUUAGAGGAUAAAAAUACUCCUAAGAAGAAGAAGCUAUGUACUGGAGAGGUAGGGGAGUGGGCGACGGGAUGAGAUUAUAAUGGAACAGUUAGUAACAUUUACUUUCAUUUGUUUUUGUCAACAGGUUUAAGAGUUCAGAUUAUUUUUAUUAAUUCAUUUAGUAUGGAUUAUCAAUGUAGAAUCCUUAAAAGUAGGGAUUAUUUGUAUGAAUUUCGCCCAUAAAAUUUCAUGUUUACAAAUGCUUUUACCCAUAAUUAUUUUCAGUUAUCACCCGUAAAAUGCUUCACAUUGCCUUUUAUUUGCUGAGUUUUUUUUGUUUGUCUUUACCCUUGAAAAAUGUUCCAUUUUUCAAUAUCAUGAAGACCUCAACUACUUAUCAGUUUUUUUAAAAGGAACGCUAAUCUAUUAUUAAUUCAACUUUUCAUUUUCCACUUGGGAUACAAUACAAUCAGGAUGAAAAUAAAACUUUAAUAAAUCAUCCAACAUAGAAAGUGCAAUCCUCGCUAACAUGUGAACUACUUGUCAGUUAUUAUCCCGCUGACAAUUAGAAUGUUUCGUGACCUCAAACUCUAUUUUCUUAUAAAAAUCAUUAUUUUGUUAAACAAGUGAUUUUGAUACCAAAUCAUAAUAAUGGUUUUAAAGGACGUUUCCAUAAUUCUAUGUAUUCAUUUGUAUCAGCAAAAUUCUAUUUUCUUAUAAAAAUCAUUAUUUUGUUAAACAAGUAAUUUUGAUACCAAAUCAUAAUGGUUUUAAAGGAUGUUUCCAUAAUUCCAUGUAUUCAUUUGUAUCAGCAAUUGUAGAACACGUUUUUCCCAAUACAGCAUCAAUGACGGCAACUUCAUCAUAAAUUUAAGGGAAAAGUACGGAUUAGAUACAUGUGGUUGUGGGCGUUUUCACUUAGGGGUCUGUGAUGAUCUUUGUAACAAAUGCACCCUCGUGUUUUGCUACCGUUACCACCCGUGGGGUCCCUAUCUUGACUCCGUUUAAAUAAUAUGAAGUGGAACAUUAUUUUCCACAAGUGUGCUUACGUGGCUUGCAAUCCCAAUCUUGAAUCACCAUGUCAUUAUCCGUGUUAUUAAGUAAUGACAAUCCCAAUCUGAAACCUUAUAACAACAGUCCGAAUACAUCUCUUCCACAGGCGCUUAGGGUAUGACGAAGAAGAAAGAUGAGUUCUUCAAAUUCAAGCUCAUCUGCCAUGGAUGGAAGACAACAACUGAAGAUGUUCGAUUGUGGAGUACAAGCACCGAUUUGGACGGUGACAACAACGAAGAAUAGAGGGAAAAGGUUUCAUGGUUGUGGGCGUUAUUCGAGUGGGUGGUCAACAAUGCAAAUUUUUUGAGUGGGUUGAGGAGGACAGAUGUCGUACUUGUCAGGAGAACCUAGAUUUGGUUCUUCAGAAGGUUGGAAGACUUGAAGAACAUGUCCGGAUGAAAGAGAUGGAGCUGGAGGGUGAAAUGAAGAGUUGCGUUCGUGGAAUUGGUGUUCUGAAGGUGCAGAACAUGGAACUGCAAUUGAAGAUGGCUAAGAAUGAUAAUCUGACUUUUAAGUGGAAGCUACUUUGUGUGUCCCUGAUAUGUUUUAUCUUCUUUGCAAUUAGAAGGUUUUAGGUGUAAGUUCUUGUCAAUGUCUUUCAUGAAAUGGCUGAACCAGAUGUCAUUGUGUUCACUUUCAUUUGUAGUGUGUUUCCAUUUUGUAAUGUGUAAUGAAAUGUAACAAUGUUUG